AUGGCGUCGGCCGCAACGAGCACCCUGCAAGAGCCAGAGGUGAUUGAGCACUCUGCCGACCUCGAGCCUAGGGAGGAGCACGACGCGGCGACCAAAGCCGAGGAGAGCACUGGCGCGCGGCCCUCGCCAGAGGCGGCCAGCAAGCUGCACCGCAUGCUGAGCACCGCCAGCACCACCGCCGCGGCGUGGGUGCCGCCGGCGCUGGACGACUCGCUCUGGGCGGAGGACGACGACGACGAGGGCUUCUCUGGGUGGACGCCUUGGACUCCGGCCUCGUUCACGACUGCCGAGGGCAAGACGAGCGACACCCCAUCGGCAACGCCAUCGGCUACUUCUCCAGAGUGA